GAUAUAGAACAACGAUUUCGGCUUACCAACAUUCGUGAGCUAGCAACUGAUUGUACUCCGUUACUAUCAUUCAUGUUCUAUACUGGUGCUCUAAUAUAUAAACCAGGAUCAUUAAAAUAUGAACUUCAAAUCCCAAAUCACAUUGCCAAAAAAGAGUUUAUACAGAGGCAUUUAAGAUUUAUGACUGGAAGGAAGAAAAAAGUUUUACUUGAACCAUUAAAGGAUAAUAGUGUUGUGUAUUCAAAUGAAGAGACAUUGAAACAAACUUUUAUGACUGCCUUUAUUCUCACUUAUCGUACAGAUAUUGAACCAGAAUUUAAGGUAUCAAAUUUUGAUAAAAAAGCAAUUGAUUUAGUGAAAACAAGUACUAAGAAAAGGAUAGCAAUUGAAUUUGAAAAAUUAGAAGAUGAAAUUCUAGACCUUAAAACUCUAGAUUAUAAAUUCAGUAAUAGAAACAAACUGCAAGAAGAUUCAAUGGAAAUAUCACCACAAAUGACAGAGGCUGGCCCUUUACAAAAUAAAGACGCUUCCUCUUCAGCCAAAAAUGCUAUUGAACCAACUUCUGAAAUAUGCUCUAAGUGCUUCGAAGCCAUCUCUCCAGAACUUUCAAAACCAGUCGUAUUAUUGACAUGUAAAUACGUUAUCCAUUUUGAGUGCAUUGGCAACAAGCAUAAUUUAUGUCCUAAAUGUCCAUCAGCAGAUGAUUUAGAAAAAGAAGGAUAUUAUAUCUCACCUGGUAUCUCAAUUAACGAAGUUCCCAAAAAGAAAAGGAAAAAACCAGAAGAUAACACCU